CUAAUCUGCCAAGCAACAGGCACAUUUGGAGUCGGCAAUAUGUCUAGUGCUCCGGACUACUGCGGCUGGGGCGCCAAGCAAGGCAGCAAAGUGCGCACGUGGAAGAACCGCUACUUCGUUCUACGUGGGCGAGAGCUGGUCUAUUAUUCUGGAGCCAAAAGCGACGGUAGCGGCGAUGGGGUUGGCGAGAAGGGUCGUCUCAAAGUACGCAAUGUGGACUAUUCGCCCGACCGAAAGAACGGACUGUUCAUUCAUGGAGAAGGUAAAGACCUCAAAAUGACGACGGCCAGUGCACAAGAGAGUCGCGUGCUGUUCCGUAAGAUCAAAGAAGCAGUUGGGGAGCAGGGGACGAGUUUUAGGAUGUCACAGACUCAACCGAAAAUUGCCAAGAAGUCCGUGGAAAAAGAAGGUUGGUUGCUCAAAGAGGAGCCACAAUUGCAGGCUUGGAAGAGACGUUAUGUCAUGCUCAGUGGUAGGACAGUCGAGUUCUGCGCUCAUCGGAACGCGGUGCCAAUUGAUUCGCUGACACUGAUGAAAGUGAAGGCUGAUGAGACUAGUCCUCUGUCACUGGGACUCAUUGGAAAAGGAGGAAAAGUGGUUCAUGUGGCAGCGGACACGAGAGAAGAGAUCGAGGGCUGGGAUCGAGCUCUUGCGGCAGCUAUUGGCCAACCGUUGGCACUGCGUCAAGUGAUGAAAGUGCAAGAAGAAGUUGGAAAUCAAGAAUUGGAGACAGUGAGUGAUACAGAUUUGGUCGCUCGGAAAUACUCGACUGCAGUAUGCGAAGGUUGGUUGGAGAAGCUUGGACAACACAGCAAAGUAUGGAAGAAGCGGUAUAUGUCACUGGCGAAUGGGAUGCUGGAGUAUCGCAAAGGACCCAUGGAACAGCUAUCGGCAGAGCUUUAUGUGGCGGACGUCAGAUACAGCAGUGAACACUCCGAUGCUCUGGAGAUCAAAUUUGGCUCAGAUAAAUCGCGUUCUAACGGUGAUACCAUCUGCGUCAGGGCAGAAUCCGUUCGAGAGCUAGACAAGUGGAUGAAUGCGCUCUGUGCUGCUAUUGGCAAACCGCCGUUGCAACCGGUUGAUGGAAAUUUAGAGCCUUCAUCUCCAAUGAGUAGCAGAUCGAGCGAAGAUCGACAAAGCAAGCAUCAGCUACCACCAUUCCCAAGAAACGUGUUGCAUUCUCAAGACAGCGAUAGGUCCUCGAGUAACACACAGCCGUCAACUCCAGCCAACACUGAUCGCUCCUCUGCCAACCAAGUCACAGUCUCUGCAGCUACAAACCGCAUUAAACGGGGAUGGUUGUACGAACAAGGCGACGCAGCAUCUUCCUGGAAGUUGCGAUACUUUGUGCUUCAUGGAAAUACUCUCCAGCACUACAAACAUGUCAACGGAACAUCCGAAACUCUUGGUAACGUGACCAGUGUUACCCGCAACCUCAAGUCAUCGGGAUCUCUAUGUAUUCAAUUUGAAGAAGGCAGCACUCUCAGCGUGUAUGGUGAAACGAAAGCCGACACCGAGGCGUGGUAUGCUUCUCUGUGCAAAGCAUCCUGGAGCGCAGCAGAGAAUCCACCGGAAAGGAUGUCAAAUUCCAACCAAGAAGAAGAACUCCACGAAGACAAUGGUUUCCGAGGGUGGCUAUUGAAGAAAGGACAGAACUUCAAGACCUGGAAACGACGCUACUUCGUGCUUGAAAGCAGCCGACUUGCCUACAGUGCGAGCGCUGAUAGCGAAGUUUUGGGCUCUGGUGUGGUAUUCGAAGUUGAUGUGGGGAAUCUCCGCCCAUUUUGCCUCAAUAUUCGCUUCCAAAAUGGUCGAAUGCUUUAUGUUGUGGCUCCAACUCACGAAGCGUUCUCGAAGUGGUUCGAUGUGCUUAGGAGAGCGUCCAACCUGGCUGAGUCGUUCUUGUCUCAAAGUAAUGGGACAGCUGUGUUUGACGAAGAAUUCGACAAUGAUAUUGGUGAGAACGCGAAUGAUGUGGAUGUGGAGUUUACAGAAGAGGACUAUGCUGAGUACGAAAGAUCUCUGCGUGAUGGUGAAGGGCCCUCGUUGUGGAUUGCAGCCAUGCAGAAUAAGCCCGAGUACGAUGCACUCAGCUCGUCGGCUUCCGAACAAGACGAUCAACAAGUGGUCGAGGAACGCAAUUCUACUGAUCUAAUUCCUCGAAAUGAGUCACAAGGAUGUGUCGGGUGGUUGAAGAAGGAAGGCGGAAAAGUUAAGAGUUGGAAGAGGCGGUAUUUCACUCUUUAUGGUUCGAAGCUGAGCUACUACAAGAGCGAGAAGGGAUCUCUACUACGCUCCGUAAGCGUCAUUAACGUUGAGCCACAUCCAUCGGUCUCACUGGGUUUGACAGUAUCUACUGUUGGUGGUCGAAAGUUGAUUGUACAGGCUGAGUCGAAUGGAGAGUUCAACAAAUGGCUCAAUGCUAUCCAAGAAGCUGUGGCAGAAGCAAGCGAGAGAAAUUCGACAGGGAUUGAAAUUCCAAUGAUGAACAUGGUUAUAGACCACAGAUCAAGUGAGGACUUGCAAUCCUUUGCAAGUCACAGUGGUUGGCUGCAGAAAGAAGGUCAGCGGUUCAAGACAUGGAAAAGGCGCUACUUUACUUUGAAAAAUAGCGCCUUGAUCUACUACAGCGAGAUCGGUGGCGUGGCACGCGGUCAUGGCAUGGUGAAAGGUGUGCAUCAGGACACCAAGCCACUUACUCUUGUGAUUGAGUUCCGUAGUGGCAAGACGAUGCGUGUGACGGCAGCAAGUGAAGCGGAGAAGAACUCGUGGCUCCAAGCCUUGUCACGAGGUCGUACUUCCAGUAGUACAACCGCUGUCUCGGAUAUUACCGAUGAUGUUGUCGACUCUGAGAGUGAAGAUGAAGAUCAGGAACGCGCAGCUCGCAUUAGUCGAUUCAAUUCUAAGGAUUAUAUCAACGACACAAUUACGAACGACACGCUCAUGCGACUUCGUGAUGAAGAAGGAGAGGGGGCAAUACUGGAACCUGGUGCUGGUGCGGUUAACACUUCUCGCUCUUUCAAGGGAGAACUAACAUUUGACGAAGAAGAAGAAAAGGAAGACAUGGGACUCAGCACCACUGGAGCAGAUUACUAUCGCAAACUACUAGCUGAAGAAGAACGAGUCCAGCAACAGCGAUCAGAUGAAAAGCUAGCUAAAGGAGAACCUCCAAUUACCGGAUGCGCACCUUGCUGCACGGUGAUGUAGGAAAGGAACAUCUUCUACAUUUACAACUCUGUACCCUAGAUAAAUGCACGUCUAGCUUUAGACAACAUCCUUGUAUUUUAGAUCUUUUUUUG